CUCCAAAACACAUAUGGAUUGUUGAUACACAUUUCCGUUCAUCGGAAGGCGUCACGCUUUUUGUCACGGGGGCCCCAAGUCGAUAGCACACCAAAAAAGCCAUGUAUCGGUUGCUCUUUUUAUUUCAGAUAUCCAGAAAUCCACUUUUUUGAAAAGAAUAUAAGAAACGCUAAACCGACCUUGUCCAUAAAAUCACACCAUAAAAAACAUUCUGCGUAUAUUUAAACCAAAAAAUGUCCAAACUCGCUACAAACAGCCUCACCGACCUCCUCGGUACAACACCUCUUCACAAACUCUUAGACUCGAUACCCACCCACUCUUGUUCCAAACACAGUAACAAACUUGAACAUUGUGCGCAUGGAUUGAUAUCUGAUGGUACGGGUGAUGAUAUGCAAAAGACGGACCUUGUUGCUGUUGAAAAGGAUACGAGUAUUGGACAAGUCCUAGAGGUUCUUCGUCGACAUGACCUGUGCUUUCUCCCCGUCUACGAAAUGACUGCUGACAAUAAAAGACGAUACCUCUCGACAGUCUCCUUUCUUGAUAUUUUUACCCUGUUUGGUUUAUCCCCCAUAUCCGAGGAAGCGGGACUCCAAUUUGAUGAACGGAAUCGAGACAAGUCGAGCUUUUUUGACAAGAAAGUCUCAUCCAUCAUCAGCCUAACACCCCAAUCCGCCAAACUCAACAUCCAAACCCCAAACAACCCAAUCCGUAAAUCCUUUGACAUUCUCAAAUCCCGUUUAAACGAUCGAGCCCUCAUUCGAUUCAACGCGAGCACACCCGCAACACUCACAAAAGACGACCUAGGUGAAUCCCUCGAAGCACCUUUAGACCAGCUCCGUGUGAUCACACAAAGCGAUCUGAUUAGAUGGUUACAUCCGUUUUUGAAAGACACGGCAAUGAGUUCUCAUCUUGCACGUAUGACCGCAAAAGAUUUGUACCUCCACGCAAAGAAAUAUGAUACAAAUACAGGGGAGGGUAUACCCGAAUUCGCCGUGCAUUCGUUUACACCCACCAUGAUGUUUUCCAUUCCCUUGACAAGGGAUUUAACGGCUGCUGCGGCAUUUCGAGCCCUUUGGGACCGUAAACUCCCUUGUUGUGCUCUUGUUUGUCCAUCUACGGGUCGGCUUGAAGCCGAGUGGUCGGCAUUUGCGUUACGUGGAUUGCAUCCGUUGAAUGUAUCGAGUAUGUUGAAACCCGCGCUCCAAUUUUUGAAAGAAACGGGGCAAGAGGAUGUUUUGACGGUUGUUUUUGAGGAUGACGGGUUUUUGGAUGUUGUGGAUAAGGUUGUUCGUGGUGGUGCUAGGCAGGUUUGGAUUGUGGAUUCAUGUCGGAGGCCCGUGGGUGUCAUUACGUGUGGGGAUUUGGUUGCUGCCGUUUGUACGGCUGUAGAGAGGGAGGCCAUGGAAGAGUGAUGAUGGGGAACCUCUGGUUUGGUUUACAUAGUUACAUAGAGAGUAUGUCCUGUUUGUGGAUACCUGUUGUUGGAACGCUUCCAAGAAAAAACAAAACACCAUCAUCAUACCAAUAUCAUGUCUGUAAAAGUACAUGUGUGUAUCAAAAUAUACAAGCAAAAAAGUAAAAAAAGAA